AUGGAAAAUACCAAUAAUGUCACAGAAUUUAUACUCUUGGGACUUUCUCAGAAUAAGAAAAUUAAACAUCUAUGCUUUCUACUAUUCUUAUUUUGUUACAUAGCUAUUUGGGUGGGAAACACACUGAUAAUUAUUUCUAUCACAUGUAGUCAGCUAAUUGACCAACCCAUGUAUUUUUUACUUAAUUACCUUGCUCUCUCAGACCUUUGCUACACCUCUACAGUGACACCCAAGCUAGUCAAUGACUUGUUGAUAGAAAAGAACAUGAUUACUUACAUCAGAUGCAUGGUACAGCUUUUUGCCAUGCACUUCUUUGGGGGAAUUGAGAUCUUGAUCCUCACAGUGAUGGCCUAUGACCGCUAUGUGGCCAUCUGCAAGCCCCUGCACUACACCAUCAUCAUGAGCAGGCAGAGGUGCAAUGCCAUGGCCACUGCUUGUUGUGCUGGGGCAUUUCUGCAUUCCUCUGUCCAGUUUCUCCUCACUAUCAACCUACCCUUCUGUGGCCCCAAUCAUAACCACUAUUUCUGCGAUGUGUACCCUUUGCUGAAACUGGCCUGCACUGACAUGUACAGAGUUGGAAUUCUUGUGGUUGCCAACUCGGGCAUGAUGGGGUUGGUGACCUUUGUGGUGUUGAUGCUGUCUUACUUGUUGAUAUUCUACACAAUCAGGGCUUACCCAGCACAGAGCCGCAGUAAAGCUCUUUCCACUUGCAGUUCCCACAUAACAGUUGUGGUUUUUCUUUUCGUGUCUGUCCUCUUCAUUUACAUUAGGCCAGCCACCACUCUUCCAGAAGACAAUGUGUUUGCUCUUUUCUACACCAUUAUUGCUCCCAUGUUCAACCCUCUGAUCUACACACUGAGAGACAUGGAAAUGAAGAAAUCUCUGAGAAAAGUUUGGUGCCAGCAACCAUUUUUGACUGGAAAGCAAGUUAUACGAAACGGACAGACCUUCAUUCUCAUCACUCAGGGCAUUCGAGUGGAACUUUCUUCCUUAUUAGUUUAUGAUAAAUAG